AUGAUGUCAGAUCUAGCUGACACCAUUUUCAUCUUAAAGGCACCCACUGUGUUCCCAGUUCUUUUUGCCGCCAUUGCUGGUAGCAGCAUCAAAAGUGUCGCAUCGUGGCGCAUCCAGACCACUAGGGGAGCAACCAUUGGGCUUGUAGAGCAAUGUCUCGGCAGCCAGACUAUCACAGGAGCCAUUCUCACUCAGAUAAGGCUCCGAGCUGUGAAUCUUCUAGCCAUAUUCACCGUCCUGCUAUGGUGUCUCUCUCCGCUGGGCAGUCAGGCUUCUCUCCGGGUGAUUUCCAUCGUCCACAGUUACCCAGGGAACUCGAUCGACUUGACCACUUUGAGAACCUUCAUCCCAUACCAGUACGGCUACGGCCAAGGGAUAGCGGAAGCCGUUACAUCAGUCGCCAACCCCAUGAUUGCUUCCCUAUCUGCAGCCUCGCUACUGGCAAACCGCAACCAAGAUCUCUGGGGCAACAUCCGCUUUCCUGUAAUCGAGAAUCUUGAGACAAACAAUACAAAUUGGAUGAACGUGCCCGAAAAUGACAACAUGACAUACGCAUCCCUUGUUGGUGUACCGGUGAUUGGCUUACCAAGCUCUGGAAACACAUCAUUUACCCUCCCAGGCUCGUAUCUAUCCAUAUCCUGCCCUGUCUUUGACACGAUACACCAAUUUAAUUUGACCAACUUCACUGCGCCGGGUGCUCCAUCUCCCGGUAACGGCGACGACUGCGGCUGGACGAGUGCAUGGGGUGGGCUCCAGUUCCAGCUCGCCAUCUCGGAGCCAUGUUCAAACUCACUUAAUGCAUCAAUCUCGAGGACCCGAAAUGCUCGUAAGCUUAUAUGGGAAUCAUGGGAUAGUGGUAGUGCAGGCACUCUUGAGAAUCGAUCUCCCAUCACACGAGCGAUAUGUGACCUCACCACGACCUAUGUCGAUACCAAUGUGACAUGCGAAAGCUUAGCCAAGAGUCAGUCUAUUAAUACUUGCAACCCGUCCUCCGCUCGCCGGUCGGUGGAUGAGUCCCAUUUCCACAAGAACUGGACUGUUUUCGACGUCAAUUUGCCAGGAGAUGCUAAGCUACCCAUGAACUAUAACCAAGGAUUCUUGUUUAUUCUCACUACCUUGUUUCCUCACGCUGAGCAACACGGUGGUCUACAGCCCGUGAUUGGAUACUUUACCGACCCUUACCACGCUGUCGGAAACCUUGUUGGCGAUAGUCUUAUGUCGCCUGAGACCAUCACACCGGAAGUCUUUGGAACGCGUCUAUCGCAGCUCCUCAAUUCCGUCCUAUACCUAGGAAUUAACCCCUCGGCAUUCACAGGCUCCGUCAACUUGACGAGAAUCAGACAGGAUCGAAGCCAAGGCAAGGAUAUCCCUAUCGAAUUGACAGCCCGAAAUACCCAUCUGCAAAAUAUUGUUAGGUGCAACCGUCCAUGGCUCGCCGUCCUCAUCAUUUCCUCGGUGGUUAUAUUCUGCUUUGCACUAGUGGGUGCCUAUCUCCACAUGAUAACGAUCGCUCCCGACCUGCUAGGGUCGAUCUCCGUUGUCCUGUUGCAAAAUAAAAUCGAAGGAAUUGCCGGAUCUUCUACGUGGUCUUCAGAGGAAUGGUCCAAAAAUAUGCGAGAUACGCGAUUAUGGCUUGGAGAUGUUCGGCCUGAUGCAGACGCUGGGUGUCUGGCUCUCACCACGGCCACACAAGAUGUUCCUCCUGGCUCGAUAAGGGGAAGAUUGUAUCAUUGA